AUGGGUACCGGAAAGAAGGAGGCCACACGUAAAGUGCGGCAGGGGAAGACUGACGAUGGCAUGCAAAAUGUCAGAACCAAAGGUGAAAACUUUUAUCGUGAUGCGAAGAAGAUUAAGCACUUGAAUAUGUUCAAGGAUGGCAAAGCUCGUCGCAACGCCCAAGGAAAGGUCACUAUCGCUGCCUCUUUCCAAUCUCGUGAAGCCCCUGUAGCUCGUAUCGAACCAAACCGUAAAUGGUUCGGUAACACUCGGGUUAUUUCACAGGAGGCACUCACAUCCUUCCGUGAGGCUGUCGCUGAGCGUGCUGCGGACCCUUACCAGGUUCUGCUGAAAACAAACAAGCUGCCAAUGAGCUUGAUCCGUGACCAAAGUGAUACUGUGAACGGACUCAAACAACAUCAGGCCAAGAUGGCUAUUGAGAACAACCCCUUCGGUGAUACUUUCGGCCCCAAAGCUCAAAGAAAGCGUGUUAAGCUAGGUGUCACUUCUCUGGAAGAUCUUGCUGGCGAAACCGUCAAGCUGCACGACUCUUAUAUUGAGAAAAAUGAUCAAGGUGUCCAUGCCGAUGGAACUCCCAUUGUGGCCAGUGAUGUUGGUCAUGUCGAAGAUGUCAACCUCCCUACCAACCGGGAGUCUGUUUUCUCCAAGGGCCAGAGCAAGCGUAUUUGGAACGAGCUUUACAAGGUUAUUGACUCCUCCGAUGUCGUGAUUCAUGUUUUGGAUGCUCGUGAUCCUAUCGGUACUCGAUGCCGAAGUGUUGAGAAGUAUAUUCGCGAGGAAGCCCCUCACAAGCAUUUGGUUUUUGUGUUGAACAAGUGCGAUCUUGUUCCAACCGGUGUUGCUGCCUCAUGGGUUCGUCGUCUGUCAAAGGACUACCCCACUCUUGCAAUGCAUGCUUCUAUUACCAACUCCUUCGGCAAGGGAUCUUUGAUCACCCUUCUUCGCCAGUUCUCCUCUCUGCACUCUGAUCGCAAGCAGAUUUCUGUGGGUCUGAUUGGUUACCCCAACACGGGCAAAUCUUCUAUCAUCAACACUCUCCGGGCCAAGAAGGUGUGCACUGUUGCACCCAUCCCUGGUGAGACCAAGGUGUGGCAAUACGUCACUUUGAUGAAGAGAAUCUACCUCAUCGACUGCCCUGGUGUGGUUCCACCCAACCAGAACGACACCGAGACAGACAUCCUGCUUCGUGGUGUUUGCCGUGUUGAGAAUGUUGAUAACCCUGAGCAGUAUAUCCCUGCUGUUAUGCGUCGUGUGCAGCCCCGUCACUUGGAGCGCACAUAUGGUAUUAAGGAGCCCACCGAUGCCAUUGAUUUCCUGAGUCGACUCGCCCGUAAGGGUGGCCGGCUUAUCAAGGGUGGUGAACCUGAUUUGGACGGCGUUGCCAAAAUGGUCAUCAAUGACUUCCUGCGCGGCAAGAUUCCUUGGUUCACUGUUCCUCCUAAGAUUGGUGAUGCCGAGGAAGAGAAGACCGAAAAGAUCGAAGGCCGUGAAGGCCGUCUCGGAGAGAUGGGCAAGAAGCGUAAGAUCGAUGAGACCGCAGAGGGCGCCGAUGAAGAGGAAGAAGAGUCAGAGUCUGAAUCCAAGCCUGGAGAUGAACAAUUUGAAGGACUUGAGGAUGACUCCGACGACGAUGGUUCCAUCGCAAACCUGGAGAUUAGCGACGUGGAGAGUGGCGAGGAGGACUGA